GACACCAAGUACAGACUGCGGAUAUUCUGUUCGUUUAUUGCGUUCGAACCCACAAUAGCCAUGAGAGACAGUAACAGUCCACCUAGACACUCGUUCCUCCGUCGAGGGCUCCUGCGCUCAAAAGCCCACACCAGGUCCCCAAGUCCUAAGAUGGUCGACAAAUUCCUCCGACGGCGCGUCGAUAGUUUUCGUGCCGCACCUCCAGGGCCAAGCCAGUACGACGAGAGGGAAGAGAGGUACAAAGCUCAGGAUUCUAUUGCAGUAGAGGAUCUAAAGCAGAUUCUCGAUGCCCACGACAAGGACCCUGCAACGGAGCUGAAGGUCUCUGGCAGCUCAUGGGACACAGUCUUCGACCAGAUGGCUGACGCUAAGCGGCACCAUGAAGGCAAGACGGACUAUAGCUCCAAGGCGGAAGUCGGCAUCAAUCUAAUGUCGUCGUAUAUCAAUAUCAUACCAGAUGAGUACGGGCUUGGGGUCCUUAAGGGAGGCCUGGCACUCAUUUUCAGUGCCACAAAGGCGCAUCGAGAAAACCGAGGAAGAAUCCUUGACACGUUCGAAACCCUCCCCGACGCCAUCGUCACCAUCAACACGGCCCAUGCUCUUUUGCAGCCAGAACCUCAAGACGUAGAGCUUCAGGGAGAGUUCCUCAGCAUACUGGUCAAAGACAUCCCGGCCUUGGUCAAAAUACUGCUGGGAGAAGAGACCUGGUACCGUAAAGUCGUUGACUUUCUGCUACUGGAAAUUCCAAAGACUUCGACUAUUGAUGACAUACUGUCACGUUGGGGCGCACACGUAGUGCGGCUCAAGGCACACGUGGAAAAGCUGAAGAUAAGGCUGCAGGCCAAGUUUUCGGCUAAGCUGGACGGUAUUGCAGACAAGAUAGAGGCCUCGGAAACGGGGAUUACGGGGAUCCGUGAUAUGUUGGCCGAAAAUAACGCCAUGCAGCAGUCCAUGAUGAACGUGUUGAUGGAGCUUACAGCUCGGAUUCCGAAACACGUGGCCGACUACUACCCAUAUGCCACGGACGUGUUUGCGGAUGUGGCCACCAGCUUCCGGGAGGAGAUGAAAAGCCGGCGCCGGGACAAAGAGUUGGAGGAUGAGCUGAGACGGGAACGGGACAGGUGGGACCGCGAGCGGGAGACCUUCUCACGGGAGCGGGAACAAUGGACCCAGCAGCGGGAACAGUUCCUUCGGACAUUUGUCCCAAGGUGUGCCAAGUUGGCCCAGAGUCCUGACGGUCAAGCAGAAUACCUCCAUCUCAACAACCAAGUCGAAACACUCGCUAGACAGGCCUCAGAAACACGUCCUGAGCCUCGCAUAAUCGUCGAGUCAAUCCAGCUCCUGGGAGUCCUCGGCCUCUCUAUGUACGAUCCCUGGGACGACCUCGACGUCGUCUUGCGGCACGCAGAACACUACGAUGCGAACUUACGGGGACAAGCGCAAUGGCUGGUCCAGACAGCUGAGUUUCAAAGCUGGCUCCACGAAGACAGCUCGUCGGUUCUUCUAGCUGAUGGCUGUAUGGAUGCCGAGUUUGUAUCUCCCAUGUCGGGCUUCUGUUGCGGCCUCAUCUCUAGCUUCAUGGACGACACCGACUCGGUCGUGACCUUCUUCUUCGCUGGGCUGCACACUAGCAAGGCGCUCAGCGGGCCAACGGCCCUCAUGCGAAGCCUGAUCACGCAACUACUGCUCAACUCGAACCUGCCAAAGCCCGACCUAGGAUUUGUCUCCGAGGCAAUGCUGGAGGGCUGCGCCCGGAGGAAUUGCCGCACCCUCUGUGACGUUUUCGUCAAACUAAUCAAGCAGGUGCCACCGCACAUGCACGUCUUUUGCAUUGUUGAUGGUAUCACAUGGUACGAGCAAGUCCCCUGGGUGGCUGACAUGCAUUGCGUCGCCACCAUGUUCGAGUACUUGGCGAGGAGGACGAAUCCCGAUCAUUCAGGACCUAUCAAGGUGCUGCUGACGAGCCCGACCCGUAGCAUCAGCAUCGUGGACUUGACGACCAGGAAACAAAGCGUUUGGUGGCAUGUGGCCUUGGCCAACGGCGAUGUUCAUCCUGGCAUGGCACCUCAGUUGGUGGAGUAUUAG